AUGGCGGAAAGACGUCCGUUCCAAUCUUCAGACCCUAACCAGAGCCCUACGUUAUACAUUGCAGGAUGGUACUUCUUUUCCAUGUCAAUCUCGGUUUAUAACAAGUGGAUGUUUGGAAGUGGGCUUGAUUUUAAGUUUCCCUUGUUUGUUACAGCAUUUCACCAGUUAUGUCUAUUUUGCAUGUCUGCACUGGUGCUAUAUUUCCGCCCUAUGCUUCGUCCCACGAUCAACGGAUCGAUAUCAAACUUCUGGGCCUCCUUGGCUAUAUCACCAGGCAACUAUGCCCGUCAAAUCUUACCGUGUGGGUUCACAUCGGCUGGAGAUAUCGGUUUGAGUAAUGUUUCCUUCAGCUACAUCUCAUUAUCGCUUUAUACCAUGCUCAAAACGUCCAGUCUCAUAUUUGUUUUGAUCUUUGGUCUAAUAUUCCGCUUAGAGCGUUUCAACUGGCGUUUAAUAAUUAUUGUGGUAGUCAUGACUGGGUCAGUAAUGAUGAUGACCCAGAAGCCACAGUCUAGCACUCCUUCUGAAGACACCAGUGAAGACGACCACAACCCCAUUGGCAUUGUGCUAGUGAUGGCUGCAUCUGCCAUUUCUGGCUUGCGCUGGUCUUUCACCCAGUUAUUGCUCAAGAAAAACGAUUACACCAAGCAUCCAAUACUGACGAUCUUUUACAUCUCGCCUUCAAUGAUUGUUAUAUUACUUUUAACCGCUCUCGUGGUAGAGAAGUGGUCAGCAUUCGUUUCCCUGCCUAUAUGGGCAAUCCAUGGAGUUGCUGGAGUUCUAGGAUUGAUGGUGGUCCCUGGAUUCCUAGCAUUCAUGAUGACCUUAUGCGAAUUUAAGCUUUUAUCUGUCGCUCAGGUUUUAACGUUAUCUAUUGCCGGUAUAUUUAAGGAGCUUCUUACAAUUAUGCUCGGUCUGAUUUUAUUCGGAGACAGGCUUAGCCCGCUCAAUUGUGUCGGUUUGGUGAUUACUUUUCUCGACAUACUAUGGUACAAUUAUUAUAGAUACCAAGAGACAGAAGCGUCCACGAAGCAGAACAGUAAUGGAUACACAACUAUUCCCGCAUCAGCCCUGACGAACUUGGGUUAG